CUUGACAUUUGACUGCAAGCAAACCUAACCCCGUAAAACGUAAACUUGAGAAUGUUUUAUAAACAGCCCACAAACAUCGUCUAUUUUGUGUGAAAAAUGGCAAAUAGAACGGUAAAAGAUGCCAAGUCAAUUCAUGGAACCAACCCGCAGUACCUGGUGGAGAAAAUCAUCAGAUCCCGCAUCUAUGACUCCAAGUAUUGGAAAGAGGAGUGCUUCGCCCUCACUGCUGAGCUUUUGGUUGAUAAAGCUAUGGAGCUGCGGUUCGUCGGUGGUGUUUAUGGGGGCAACAUCAAGCCGACGCCAUUCCUGUGCCUCACGUUGAAGAUGCUGCAAAUCCAGCCCGAAAAGGACAUAGUGGUGGAGUUUAUAAAGAACGAGGAGUUCAAGUAUGUGCGAGCGUUGGGGGCCUUUUACAUGCGACUGACCGGGUCCUCGUUGGAUUCCUACAAGUACCUGGAGCCUCUGUAUAACGACAACAGGAAAUUGAGGCGCCAGAAUAGACAGGCUCAGUUUGAGCUGGUUCAUGUCGAUGAGUUCAUUGACGAACUCCUCAGAGAGGAAAGAGUAUGUGACGUGAUUUUGCCCAGACUCCAAAAGCGCCACAUCUUGGAAGAGAACAAUGAAAUAGAGGCUAAAGUGUCUGCGCUGGAAGACGACAUGGAUGAGGAAAUGGAGCUGGAAGAACCGGACCUCACAAAAUACCAUGUGGUUGAGAACGCCAAGCCCAAAGAGAAAAAGGAGAGGAAAAGAGAGCGAAGCAAAUCGAGGGAGAGGCAUCGGAGCAGAAGCAGAGAUAGAGACAUCAGACACAAGAAGGAGAGACGGGAUAGAGGAAGGGACAGGGAGAGAAGAGAUAAAGACAGGGACAGGGAGCGGAAGAAGAAAGAGGAUGAUAGAAAAAGGCGAUAAGUUCAGUGAAAAUCAAUUUUUAAUUACUUUGCAGUGGAUUAAAUGCUCAGUCGCAUUAAAAAUACCAAAAUUACGGUUUUCGAGAUUUAA